UUCUUUAUGGGAAAUACAUCUUCAGUUACUGUUCAAGUCAAUGAUGACACGCCUAUCCGUAUCGAACUCCCUUUAGAGAAAAAACUUACUGAGAUACGUAAAAUACUUUCUGACAAGCCUGAUAUAAGAAUGGGCCAUAAAGUUGAUUUUAUUGACCUAUCUACCAAAUGUAAUCCAAAAAUACCAUAUGAAAACGAAGAGAAAUAUAAUUUAAGAAAUAUUCUUGGCAAGGAUAAUAGUUUAAAGAUCAGUGGUAAUAUCGAACCAGAUUGGAUAGAGAUUAUAGAAAAUAAUUCUCUUGAAUAUGGAAUAUUUUUUACGAAGGAUGGACCAAAACACGUAGAGGAAAAAAAAGCUUUUAAGAUUUUACGACAUCCCAAGUCUACUUUGCGAAAUCCAAUCACCCUUAAUGAGGAGAAGGCUUGCAAAACGGAAAUCGAUGAAAUUUAUUUAAAAAAUUUAGUUGUAAAGACAAACCUACAUUCUAUUGCAACAAUUGAUGGCUCUUACAUUUCAACAUCUGAGAUCCACAGAAAUAAUGCAAAAUUCGAUAGCUACUGUACAUCAGUAAGAAUAAACGCAGUAUUUAACAUGACCAAAACUGAAAUUGAACCCACAGACGAAUUCGUUUCAGCAGUCGAUGCGGCACUCCGAUCACCAGAUCGAUGUCAAUCUCUUAAACAAGUUACCGAGGAAUUUGGGGAAUAUUGGUGCGAACAAGCUAAAAUUGGUGGAAGCAUUUUAUAUGUUAGUAGAAAAGAAUCGGGGGUUAGGGAGGUAAUUGGUGCUGAAGAACAAAACGCAUCUGCAGCGUUGAAGUUAGCUGAUACUACUGCAAUCGAAGGAAGAAUAGGAACAAACCAAGGAAAAAAGAUUUCGAAUUCACGGGAAAAGGAAUAUUCAUUUAUAAAAAUACGAGGAGGCUCAGAAACAAAAUUUUACGAGGAAGGUUUUGCUGAAUGGCUAAAAUCCCUAAAGAAUUAUGAUAAAUGGCGUGUGGUAGAAUAUUCGGAAACUCAUUCCAUAUUUGACAUUCUUGAUAAAGACAGACAAGCAGAAGUAGCUAAGGGAUUUCAGAAACAAAUUGUUGGUUCCAAAGUGAUAAAUAUAAACUUUGAAAUGGACCUCUCCACACCAAAGCCACACCAAUACUCGUAUGAAUUCCCCAAAAAUAUUGACCUAUCAAAUACACAAAUUUUUAUUACGGAAAUGAAUGACAAUAAAUCCGAUACAAUAUUUGCAUCUCGAGUUCAUUAUUAUGCCCGUAAAGAAACACCAGUAAUUCUAUUGCAUCGACUUGGAAAAUUAAAAAAACAACCAACAAUCCGAAGGUUUUCAGUAAAGUUGGGUUUUAUCUUAAUCGGUACAACAAACAGAUUGAAUCUUAUUGAGCGAAAUUCAUCACAACUAGAAUUCGAAAAUGGCACAGCAUUAAUCACUCCAAAUACAAGUCUUUUGGCCACUUUUGUUUCGAAAUCAAAUGAUAACCCUGAUAAUUCGAAGCAUAUUGCCAGAGCCCAUUUUGUUAAUCAAAACGAUUCCAUUAACGCUUGUGCAUUUUAUUAUAAUCUUGAAAGUAGACAACUGGAUUAUAGGUUAGAAAAUAUGGAGUUUUCGAUCAAUUACAGUAUAAUUUCCGGACAAGAAAAAACCGCUAAAUUUGGCCGAGCUCAAAUAAAGAACAAAUUUAUUAAAUCUAUGAGCAGACGAUUAACUCGUUCAAAAAGAUUCGAAGUUAUAUUUGAUGACUAUCAUAAGUUACAGUUUGUCAAUGAAAGAAAGCCUUGUUUAAAAAACCCGAUUUUUGUUAAUUUGCUCCUAAGGAAAUGUCCAGAAAACUGUCCCCAUGGAGUCUUUAAUAUUACACUUGAUCAUGCGGCAUUUAAGACUAUUAUUGAUAGUUCGGGUUUACAAAGUGCGCAAAUAGCAUAUUUUAGUGUUCAAACUUUUAAGGAUAAUGAAGAGAGAGAGUCUUCACUUUAA